GCCCUUAUGUGAAUAUGGGACAUGGGAUCGUCUGCACUAGUCAAGACAACAGAGUGUAGUCUAUUUUCACCAUGCUGAGAAGAGUAGUUUUACAAACAUUUCGCCAAGGAUUAGCUCAAUCUUUCUUCAAAAGAAAUGCGGCUUCUUUAAGCGAAAGUGCUGUAACUCAGCACCCUAUUGAGACGUCAGAAGAAGCCGGCGCAAAAUCGGGAUCUAAACAAAAGAACGGAGAUGAAUCUGGAAAUACUGUGGUUGUCGCACCACCAGAAUUUAGAUUCAUGUAUCCUGAAUUUCUCCCUGAUCCAACUAUGGAACGUAGAAAUAAAUUAAAAGAGAAACUUGAAAGAAUGGACAUGCUGCAAAGAAGAUCAAUUAUAGAAAUUCCAGAAUUCUACACUGGAUCCAUUAUGGCUGUUACAGUGGCUGAUUCAAAUUCUCCCAAUAAAUUUGCAUGCUUCGUAGGCAUUUGCAUUCAGAGAGGAGGCAGUGGGCUACAAGCAUGGUUCAUUCUUCGUAAUGUUGUUGACAGACAAGGCGUGGAAAUUCUGUAUGAAAUGUACUGCCCUCUCAUACAGAAGAUUGAAGUGCUUAGGUUAGAAAGGCGUUUGGAUGAAUCAUUGCUCUACCUGAGGGAUGCAUUACCAGAGUAUAGUACUUUCCCAUUUGAAAUGGAAGCAGAGAGACGAUUAAAUAACUCUGUUGUACCUAUUAAUCCUAUCAAAGUAAAAUUACGACCACGUCCUUGGCUGGAACGUUGGGAACGUCAGAACCUGCAAGGAGUAGAAGACCUUAAUCUUCCGCAACGUUACUAUGACAGAGCUAAAGAAGUUGCGAAACCAUGGGAAAAAUACGAUCUCAUGUUACAGUACAGGAAAACUAUCCCGGCCGAGGAGCAAGAGAAGAUAUAUGCAGAAGUGCAUUCUCAACUUCAACAACAGGACUUAAAACGAAAAAUAAAAAGACGUCGAGGCCCAAGUAGUGAACAAUAAUGUGUUUGAUGUAGUAAUAAUACAAUUUUUCAAUGGACAAA